CCGAACCACCCCAACAUGUGCUAGAAUUGACCUUGACCCUUCUAGGAAUGUCCCUCAACUUCAUAGUAAGCAACCCGAUCCCCACCCCUCGCGAAGGAGCACAACCUAACAAGUACCCAUCACCACAUCUAGAUCCGCUAUAUCAUCGGCAACCUUGUAAUGUCCCUCCUCAUUCUCGAGACCAUCGAUAGCAACCCUCCCAACCCCAACAAGGACAAGGACAAGGACGACAACAAGAAAUCACAACCAAAGCCUACCACCCGCAACCUCCUCCAAACCCUCACCACCCUCCACCACAAGAACGGAGUUACAUCCCUCAUCAACGGCUUCCAUUACACCAUCUACUACAACCUGAGGUACUUUAUAGUCACAGGCAUGCUCACAUCGCCUAUCGCACGCUUCCCUGGGCCUCUCGCACACAUCAUCGCCUCCGUCGCUCUCGCCGAAUUCCAUUACUUCCGGACAGCCGGAGCUAUCCUCCCUCCCGCUGAGCAGAUGCGCUACGUACCUCUUGGUCUUGAUUAUUAUCGGUGGAAUGCUCUUCUCCUGCCGACGCUGCUUUAUGCUAUUGCUGAGUCGAUCAUGAUGUAUGUGCCGGGACUACUUCUUGCCCCGGUUCGUUUUGAUGGGGUACUGCUGCAGCUGCAGCCGGAGGACUUGACGGAUGUUACUUCCCUCGUGAGAUCUGAUAUUCUUGUCGCGGGACUUAUGCUCGUUGCUCAGAUUCUGAUUUUGUUCCCGGCGUAUAUUGUGCUUGUUGUGGUGGAGGGGAGUUUGGUACCCGGGGAUUGUGAGACGUUGAUCACUUUGCCGGAGGAGGUGCAGCAGGAUGAGAAGAUGGGGGAUGGUGAUGAUCAGAUCGUUUUGUGGGAGGAGAAGGAGGAGGAGGAGGAGUGCCCAAAGCAGCAAGGCAGGCUCAUCAAAGACCUCUUCAGGUUACCGGGACCAUUGCAUGUGCUUGAUGUGGUGGAGAUGAUUAGUGUGAGACAGUUGCUGUAUUGUUUGGAGUUGCAUGGGAAGAUGUGUUUGUGUGUGGUGGGGGUUGCUGCGGUGGUGCAGUCGAUGAUAUAUUUGGUGUCGUAGGAGGUUGAUUCUGCUUAGUCCGGGUUGUCUGUCUAUGGUUUAGUUAGUAUGGGUGGAUUAUGGUUUUGGGUUGGUUCUGGAUAUUGAAUUUGUGAACAGCAAGCCCUUUCGGCCAUUACAUGCGUAAUUUCAAGACACCGCAGUAUUGGGAUCUCGUGAGAGGGCAUGAGGGUACAAAAAGAAGGAGAGUGGUUGAGAGUUUAGACACAUUGCUGAUAGAUGGCAUUAUGCAAUAGAAAAGGAAAGCUGCAUGGGAUUUUCUUUCCCUUCACUGAGAAUCUAUAUACUAUGUGACUUGCC